CUAUCAAACAACCAAACCCCGUUUACUUCUUCAUUGACCAUCCCCAAGAAAAUAAAAACUUUUCUGUCGUUGGUUUUUGUUCUUGAGAUGGUCAUCCCACAGUAGAAGAAGAAGCAAGAAAAAAAAUCAAUCAAUAAUGGAUCCUCAGCGACCCCAUCGAAGUACUAGUAUAAACAACAGUAGCACUGGUGGCAACAACACGACAACAACAACAAGAAGCAGCACGAGUGAACUCUUCAUUUGUUUCACUUCACGCCUUUCGUCUUCUUCGUCGAUGAAAAUCCCUUCUAAAUCGAUAAUCAGCCCCGGUCGUUCAAGGGAACCUUCUUGUUCACAAAUCUCUCUCUCUUCAUCGCUCAGUAGGAGGCUGCGAAGUAAUGGUAGUAUGAAAGGUUGUCAAGCUUCACCCAUGUUCCCCACAACCAGUAAUGGCAAAAAGAAAGGCGGAGGUUUGGAUAACCCCGAGCCGUCUUCACCAAAGGUCACUUGCAUAGGUCAAGUCAGGGUUAAGACUACGAAACAGGGAAAAAAAUUGAGAGCUUGUAAAUCUAAAAGAAGAGAAGUUAGUUUCAUAAAAGUGGAUCAUGGGAAUGGAAGCAGCAACAAUCUUGAUCAUCAAGAUUACAACAUGGGACAUUUUUUGAGAAGUAAUAGUCAUCAUCAUCAACAGCAGCAGCAAGAAUGCAAGAAAUGGGUGCAUUUUCCAUUGACUAUUUGUGAAGCAUUGAGGGCGUUUGGGUCCGAGUUUAACUGUUUUUUACCUUGCAGGUCGUCUUCCAUGGCUAACCAAAGGGAUAAUAACAAAGAAGGUAAAAAGAGAGGAUCUGAGAAUGGGAAUGGAAAUGGAAAUGGGAGGUAUUCUUCUUCAUGUGGGGCUGUUUUCACAAGGUGGCUUGUGGCGGUUCAAGAAGGGGAAGGGAAAGAGAGGGAGAUUGAGUUGGUUGUUGGUGGGGAAGAUGAUGAUGAUGAGAGAAGGCAAAGUAGUGAGACGAUGAUGAGAAGCAGCCAAAGGAGACAUGUUUUUGAAGAUAUUGAAAUCAAUGAUUUUGUUACUGAAAACAUUGGUGAUGAUGAAGAUGAAGCUAGGGUGAGUAUCUGUAUACCACCUAAGAAUGCUUUGUUGUUAAUGAGAUGUAGAUCUGAUCCUGUUAAAAUGGCUGCCCUUGCUAAUAAGUUCUGGGAAACUCCAGUCCCUAAAGAUGAACAUGAAGAAGAUGAAGAAACGGAAGAGGCUGGAAAUGAAAGUGAAGAGAAAUUGGAAGAACAAGAAGGGCUAGUCCAAGAUGAUACUGUGGAAGCUGAAAUCGAACAUGAAGAAGUGAGUGAAGUUAGCGAAAUGAUUGUUUCUUGUGAAGCAAAUGAAGAACAAGAAAUCCCAGAAGCUGAAACAGAGGUUGAAUCUGUUUUGGUGAAGGAUGAAAGUACUGAACUUGUAGAAGAAACAAGUGUAGAAUGCCAAGAUCAAGAACAUGAAAAUGUAGUGGUAGAAACCCAGCAAGAAAAAACAUUAAAAGAACAAAUUUUGACUGAAGUUUCACUUGAUGAUGUUGAAAAGCCACCAAUUGAAGAAAAUGAAUCCGCCAUUGAAGACCCGCUACAACAAGAAGCUGAAGAUGAAGAGGAAGAAAGGGAAGAUCAAACUGAAGCUGAAGAAGAAGAAGAAGAUUCAACAGUGGAGGGAGAAGGGGAAACAGCCCAAGAAAGAUCCGAAUUCGGUAAACCGGAAACCCGAGAACCCGACUCGGAAAAUGAGUCAAAGGAGAAUGAAAGUCGAGAGAAGUUAUUGCCAGAUUGUUUGCUGUUAAUGAUGUGCGAGCCAAAGCUGUCAAUGGAGGUAUCCAAGGAGACUUGGGUGUGCAGCACGGAUUUCAUCAGAUGGUUACCGGAGAAGAGGAAGCAACCGGUGGUUAAACAAAAGGACAGUGGAGAUGAACCCAAGAGAAGAAUCAGCGUUGACUCUAAUCCUCGCCCUAUCUUUUUACAGCCACCAAGGUAUUCUUGCUCUUUCCCCGCUGCUCCGCAGAUGGAUACGGCGGUUGCUGCUGCAUCUAAUGGAGCUGGCGGCGGCGGGUCUAUGACUACUACGAAAGACCAUAAGGUUGUUGGAGGUAAAGGGUAUGAGCCGUUUGCGCUCACGCGCUGCAAGUCUGAGCCGAGAAAGCCAUCAGCUAAGCUAGCACCCGAUGCUUACUUUUGGAAGAAUAAGAAGCUCGAGCCGACUUCACUUGGAGUUGGUGCCGCUGGAGUUGGGUUUUGAUGGGCCGAGUUCGGUAAAAAAAAAAUUGUGGUAACUGGUAAGAGUAAAUGUUGUAGUUUAUUUGUUUUUGCUUUUUAGUCCUUUUUGAAUAGUAAAAUUAUCUUUGGGGUUGUUUUUUUUUCUUCCUUUUUAAAAUGCUCUAGCUUAAUA